UUCAGAGAAAAAUUUAGUUUCUAUUCUAGUUUUGUUCUUUUUUAUAAAGUUGUCGGUACUUUAGUGAAAUAAAGAAACAUGUGUGAAGUGAAGGCGAUAACACAAGCCACGUUCGAUGCGGUUGUGCAGGAAAAUAUCGACGAUUUUGACAUGGAACCAAAUGAAGCUCUUGAAGAUGCAAUUAAUCAAUUCCUUUCACAGGGUAUAAGCUUGGGCAUGAUCAUUAAAGAAGUUGGAAUGAAUGCCGAGCAUGAGGUUAUAACUCUUACAAAAUCACUUGAAAAAUACAAAUCGACAGAUCUCGAUUCCACAGAAAAAGAUGCUUUAAAGAAAACCUUAUUAAGUUUAACAGAGAAGUUUCAAAGUGAUCUUGCAAAAAGAUACCAAGCUUCAAAAAUUGCAGAUGCUCAUGUUGUUUUGUUUGAGCUCUGUAAACUUAAUGCAGAUGAUCUGGACCUUUUAAACGAUUGCAUGCAGACACUCAGUGCAUUAGUUAACGGACAGCCUGACCUGGUUUCAAAAGAAGCAACUGCUUUUUUCCUGUCUAUCAUCAAAGACUCCAGCAAUGAAGAAAUAGCUCUACUAGUGCUAAAAAUAUUAAAGUUUUCAUGUCUAAAACAUGAACAAAAUCGUGUCAAUUUUGUAAAAGAAGAUGGAAUUGCAAUUGUGUUAUCCACAGCUGAAAAAUUUAAAGAUCGCCCACAAGUGGUGAAAGAAGCGUGUGGUGUGCUGCGUUCGCUCACUCUUGACGAUGAUGUCCGAGUACAGUUUGGUAAAGCCCACGACCACACAAAGCUUAUUGUGACCGAACAUAAAGGAAUGGAAAGACUAUUCGACUUUAUGAGAGAGCACGCCUCUGACCCCGCCAUCUCCAGCGAACUCUGCCUCACUAUGAGUAAACUGAUGGUAAGAAGUGAAUUUUGCCAACAGCUCGUAGACAUGGGAGGACUGGAUGUUAUACUUGGUAUGAUAGACAAGCAUCUUGAACGACAGAACCUAGUGAGGCAUUGCAUCACUCUCAUUAAAUCGAUAAGCGGCAACGAUGACGUAAAAGUAGCAGUGGUCAAGUCAGGUGGUGCUGAACUACUGAUUCAAGUGCUUGGAAAACACAACUCCAAUGCACAGAUCUGCGAAUCCUGUCUCGCAGCAAUCACCACUUUAUCAUUACGUAACCCAUCUCACUGUGACGUCAUAAUGGCGAAAAACACCGCACCACUGAUGGUGCAAGCGAUGAAACUUCACAGCGAGCAUGCAGGCGUCCAGAAACAAGCUUGUAUGGCCAUCCGAAACUUAGUGGCUCGAACGCGCCAACAUUCGACAGCUUUUAUUGAGAAUGGAGCUGACGAACUGAUACGUAAGGCUAGGUUGUUGCACAAAGAAGUACUAGAAGAUGAAAGCAAAGCUGCAUUGCGGGAUCUAGAAGUCCAUGUUGAACUAAAGGAAAGAUGGAAAGGAGAGAAUGUUGGGAUCACUUAUUAGUUUAUGAUGUUGUCACCAUUAUACUGUUGUGUUGAGUGUUUCAACCAUUAUGUAGUCGAUAUAUAUUUAUUAACUUUCUUUUGGCGAUUUUUUUAUCCUAUUUUUAUACACACGGAGGUUUAUACACAUAGGCAA